AUGCCCUCUGGUGGGACCGAACCGCUUACCUUUGACCCCUCUAGCAACAUGGCCACCAACCACAUACCGGUGCCAGCGGCCCAGGCUGCGCUCUCGUUGCUAUCGCUCUCGUCCGGCUUGUCGUCCUCCACGCCUCCGCCAUCCCAGUCAACCCCUACCUCGGCGCCUACGCUCGGCCGCUUUGUUCACUCUCCGAGAUCAACAGCGUCGGUGGUCCGGCCAUCGCCAGUUGCGCCAUCGCCAGCAUCGACUCCCAGUGCUGGUAGGAGGCGCCCGAGUUCGACCACUCUUACAAAGCGAAGAACAAGUGAUGCAACCCGAGGUGACUCGGUCGCACCUGGCUCGUCCACAGACACACCAGCAGCACCCGAAGCAAACGGAGGCAAGGCCAAGAAGGGAACGAUAUUCAAGUAUAUCGCCAUCCAAAUUGUUUGGUCAAACAUCGAUGGGAGCACUCCCCCCAUUGGCGAGAGGCAAGUCCAAAUGCUCGAGGCGGCGGCAAUCUUAUCGCACAUUUCGCCCGCGAAGAACGGUAUGGGCACGAGUCUCCCCGAAGACCGAUCAUUAUGGCCGGCUUACCUAUCCGGAGGACUAUUACCGAUGCCGACAGCAGGGACGUCCGUCCCCAUAACGCCGGCCGCUCCUUCAACCACUGCUUAUCGUGAGCGCGAGGCAUCGGUUGCGACUUCGGUGGUCGAGGAUGAUGAGGAUAUGGGUGAAUCAAGCGACGAGCGGGAGGAUAGCGGGUACGGAUCGUCUUCGGCUGCGCUCGCCGUUCCUGGCCGGCCCCAACCUCGGCCUCACCAAACUUACGGAGUCGCAACGAGCAUCGGAGGACAUGAGUAUACGCUUAGCUCAUCUCAUGCUGGCUGUGAUGCAGGUGCACAUAUUGGUUCUAUGGCUUAUCAGUUUAGCAUUGGUCGAUCCAUGAGUGCGUCCAGCUUUGGCGUAUCAAGUCUCCGCGGUCGGGACGAUGAAGAGGAAGAGGAACCUGAAGGUGCUCAUGAUGACCACAAUCACACUCAUACCAAUGGGAACGGGAGGAAAUGGGACGAGGACGAAAGCAUGGCGAUGGAUAUGGAUCUCUAA